UCGUCGUCUCGAUACCUUUCUUCUCCUUUCCCCAUCGCCUCCUCACCCAGAGAGAAGAGGAGGUUGGAGGAGGAGGCGAAGAGGCUAGCUAGCUAGCUAGGGUUUCGUGCUCCCCAUCGCCUCGCGCGCGCAGCCGGAUCCGAUCGGGCGUCCUCGUCGGCGUCGGCGGCGGUGCCCCUGAUAUCAGUGUUGUGAUUCCGUUGCAAUGGCAUCUGGAACUGAUGAGAAAGCCAAGAUGGAGGGUUUGACAUCAGCUGCAGCCUUUGUUGAGGGUGGGAUUCAGGAUGCAUGUGAUGAUGCAUGUAGUAUCUGCCUUGAGGCGUUCUGUGAGAGUGACCCUUCCACAUUGACUGGUUGCAAACACGAGUUCCACCUCCAAUGCAUUCUUGAAUGGUGUCAGAGAAGUUCUCAGUGUCCUAUGUGUUGGCAGCCUAUCAGUUUGAAGGAUCCUACCAGUCAAGAGCUGCUCGAGGCAGUGGAGCGUGAAAGGAAUGUAAGGACCAAUCAAACUCGAAAUACAACUAUAUUUCAUCAUCCUGCUCUUGGAGAUUUUGAGGUUCAGCAUUUACCUGUUGUUGGUAAUGAUGCUGAACUUGAAGAGCGUAUAUUACAGCACCUAGCAGCAGCCGCUGCAAUGGGAAGGUCACACCACCUUGGUAGAAGAGAAGGACACAGGGGUCGUUCCGGCUCUCAUGGUCGUCCACAGUUCUUAGUUUUUUCUUCGCAUCCAAACAUGCCUUCUGCUGGUUCAGUUUCUUCAUCGUCCGUUCAAGGGGAAGUGGAUAAUGAAUCAAGUCCUGUCCACACAACUGGUGAAUUAUCACUGCAUGCUAACACCCAUGAAGAAGCAGGCAAUCAAAGUCCUGGGAUGCUUACCUACGAUGCUGAUCAAGAUGCUGUUGUUUCAUCUGGAAAUAGUACCCCUGUAUCUAGCCCUAGGUUUUUCAACAGGAGGCAUUCCACUGGGCAAUCAACUCCAGUAAACAACGACAGAGCUGGGCCUUCAGAUCUUCAGUCUUUCUCAGACUCUCUGAAGUCUCGCUUAAAUGCUGUCUCUAUGAAGUACAAGGAAUCUAUUACAAAAAGUACUCGAGGAUGGAAGGAGAGACUUUUUUCGCGUCAUUCAUCUGUGGCAGAUCUUGGUUCUGAAGUAAGAAGAGAAGUUAAUGCUGGAAUUGCAUCCGUAUCAAGGAUGAUGGAGCGUCUGGAAACUAGAGGUAGUAAUGGUAGAACAAGUGAUGGCCCAGCAAUAUCCACUUCUGAAGUUAUUCCCAGUACAGAAUCAAGCAAUGAGAGAGUUACAGAAAACAAUCCAACUACUGCAGCGACAAGUAGUGGCAACACUUCUGCGUCUUCUGCCCCUUGUGUUACAACAACCGGUUCAAAUUAGCAUGUUAUAGGUUCCGAAAGAAGGCCUGCACAUUCCCAUUCUUCUCCAUCAAAGGAUUGCCAUUGCCAGGCAUGGGCAGGUGACCAAAAGCAACGUCAUGUUGUCAUCCUCAGCAUUGCAUAAAUCACCUCCAGAAAAUCGGAAUGACAAAUUUGAUGUAUUGGUUUGAUAAAAGGGCUCAGCCCGAGGUAUUACCUUAGGAUGCCGAUUUGUUCUGCUUCAUCUAUGUAAAAAGGGAAAAAAAUCAGGGACAAGUUUUUACCGGUAUAAAUAAUGGAUUUGGUGACAUAAUAGCAAUCAUAAUCGUGAUAAAUAUGAUUGAUACAGCAAAAUUUUCCUA